AGGCUUCCGAUGUCUCUAGAGGCAUACUGGAGUCAGACCCCUCCACGUGACAGAGACGUCCUCCUCUGAGCUUUACCCGUUAUUACUGGAUUCUCCUGGGGAUUCUGCCCCGCACCAGGCUUGCCCUACCGCCAACUCAAGUACUGGUAGACCUCUCUGGGUCCCUCGAGAUUCCCUGCCCAGCGAUCGGACGGUUAGGCCCUCUCGCCGCCUGAUCUCCGAUGAAGACGGCCAUGCUAUCAUGAAAGCACCGAGGUACUCAACUUCGAGGCAAAAAGCCUGUCAGCGAUGUUCGACCGCCAAGGCGAGAUGCGAUCGCAAAGCAGGGCGGUGCACGAGAUGUGCCCUGAGAGGUCUAUCUUGCACUUACUUACCGUCCGGAGCCGCUACCCGAGGCGUGAGCGACGAUGAGAAUGUGACCCAGUCCCAACCCCUUUCCACACCGGAUAUUCUCCACGCAGCUGAGGGUCUACUUCCGACCUCCGGAUGCGACCAACCCACUGGACUAGAGGGCCAGAGUUCGGCUUAUGGGUCGGCACAACCCAUCGGCGAUACCACCCCGACCGACACUUCGACGGCGACAUCGGCCAAGUGGCGCGUUCCAAAUGACUCGAGGCCGAACUUGACGCCUCGCUCGCCUUUAGGGUUGGACACGCUUGAUUUUUCGUGUCUAGAGCUCCUCAAUCCCAUCAACGUGGACGAUAUUAGCAACCGCUGGCUGAAUUCUUUCGUCCCCAUUCCCGGUCAGAAGGUUAAAGAAUACCCGGCCAGCAUUACCGCCUUUAUCUACAGGAUACUAAAAUCGUACGCUGCCGUUACAGUUCGUGGUCGUGGAGUUCCGCCAUUCGUGCACUUCUCGCAAACGAUCCCGGCGUUAUUACGGCCACCCCUUUCUACUUGCUUGAGUUUGGUUCGCGUCUGCGACAAGCUAUUGCCGGGAAGUGAGGGCGCCGCGACAGACGUCCUGCAAAGAGAGAUGGAUAACCUCUAUGAGCAGCACGGGACAUACGACGAUGUGGACUUGUUAGCGGCAUUUCAAGCGUACUUGGUCUACUCUUUGGUGCUAUUCUUUAUCCUGGGCCGGGUUUCAGAUCCGUUCCUUCGACAGGCGAUGAUGAACCUCCAAGAGCUUGCAUGCUCAUGUAGCCGGGGAGGACUCGUGUGUGUAGCAGAGCAACAGCGCGCCUGUCCUAGAUGGGAAGCCUGGGUCGUCGCCGAGGCGAAGCGACGGACGCUGUUCACCAUGUAUCUUUUCGACAGCGUGCUCUUGGCUCAAGAUGGCCUUCCGACGUUUCUCGGCACCGAACUACGGGGGCUAUCCGCCUCAGCAAGCAAGUCUUUGUGGAGUGCCCAGACGAGAUACGAGUGGGAAACAACAUAUAGCAUCUACCUAGCGGACUGGCCGGGGGGAGGGCUGCGCAUUGACGAGCUUUGGCCGACCCCUCCAGACCUCGACGCACCUGGCAUUCUCGAAAGACGUAACAGAGUAGACCAGUGGCUCGAGAAUGUUGACGAAUUUGGGACCAUGCUUUAUGCGGUAACUAGUUGUACGCAUGGCGGCUGACUACCCUUUUUAAAAUGAAAAGAAAUAUUGCUCUGGGAUGGACGCCUUUAAGGCUAAACUCAAAGCAAUUAGAAGGGAUGAAGAAAACGAGCGCGAGGCUAGCUAGUGAAU